AUGGAGUAUCUGCAGAUGAACCAGAUGGUGGUGGAGUUCUAUGACAAAGACGAUGAAUUAGAAACCCUGCCAAGGUUUGUGCUUUCUAUUCCAGGUAGUAUGGAUCAGCACUUUACUUGUGCUACUGAUGGGUUUAUACCAACCAAUGACAUCAUCAAGUUGUAUCUUUCUACACAUUUUUUGAAUAUGCUUCUCCUAAACAAAUUGUCAUUACUUGUUUUUUCUUUCCGAGAGAAAGUGCAGUGUUUUUUCCUCUCUCGGAAUUCUGUUUCUUCAGUGGCAUCUCUAAACAUGUUCACAUCCGGAGGACUUGCUCCGAGCUUAAGCAUCACAAAUAGUACAUAUACUGGCAUCUUCCACUUCAACUUAACUUUGUCUAGUGACCGGAUUUACUGGCUCAUUAAUAUUCCCAGGGAAAAUAUUACCCAAAAUACAGAUGUUGCUGCUGUAGAAGAAUGGUCAGUGAGGAUCAGUCUACAACAUGGAUUAGAUAUUUAUACUACGGAAGGAACACUACUGGACAUAGUUCGAGAGCCCAUUCUUCAGAGUCGUAUUGGGGUUGUACUGACACUAGAAGAAAUCACUGAAAUGUACCCCUUCGUAAAAGGACUCAAGGUGGCGAAGUCCCCGUGUGCUAAUGAUGUAGCACUGGUUGGUUUCAUUUUGAACACGAACUACAGUGGCAUUUACGUGGGCCUCACUUACUCCGGAUUUUGGGAUAUUCAUGACACCAUAUGGUAUAAUCUGACGGACUCCGUCUAUAUUGGUUACGAGACUGAGCAUUUGACACUGAUCGAUAUGGUUUUUACAAAUGAGUACAUAAUUCUCCUCACUUCAACGGGUCUUUUUGUAAGUGAUAUUCAUAUUCCAAGGGCCCCACGGUUAAAGUUUUCAAGGAUAGAAUUUUGCGGUUUUGAAAGGGUAAGAUACUUUAAAUUUCCAGCGGAUUAUGUUAGCAUCACCUUUGACAGAAACAGGACCCUGAGUGAGUCAAGUUCUUGUUUCUAUAGUAGCCAGCCAUUUCGCAAAUGGUUGCCCUGCUUGCAUCAACUGGCAACGAGGCAGAGAGUUUUUACCCCCAGAGUAAUAAGCUUUCUUGUGGACCAAGAGCACAAAUGUGGGAUCUACCUUCUAUACAAAAUGAAACAAACUUCUGCCAUGGUGAACACCUUCAAAUACCAGAGGCUAAGUAUAACGACCAAAUUUCCGACCUUCACUUUCCCUCGCUCGUUUUCGAAGCCCAUGGGGAUGGUAUUUCAUCCACGAAGCCACUUUCUGUAUGCUUACGGCAAUGAGAUAUGGCUUUCAAUGGAUGGCGGCAACACUUUUAAAUUAAUAGCUAGCUUAUAUUAUGAAUACAUCAGGGAAACUUAUCACAGUUUUUAUACUUCAGAUGUUAUUUUUAUUUCCGAACGUGGAAACAUUUAUAGGACAAAGGCAGGGUUAAACACAUAUGAGAAAUUUGGAGUUGUUCGUGAUGCAAUUUUUGCAUUCUAUUACGACCACCUGGGGUUCUUGCAUAAGUUGACUCCGAACCUGAUCGAUCUGCUCUCCGCAUUGGCCGUCUCUGACAGUUUCAACAUGCACUUUUCCUCUUCCUUUUGCCAGAGUCCCGAUCUGGGCUUCACCACCGCCCUCGCUCCACAGCUCCUGACCUUCCACGAGAUCAUCUUCUUUGCCUACGUGCCCCUGAACGAGCCCCAGAUAAGCAUACCCAAGAAGAAGUUCUCGAGCAUCCACCAAGGCAAAGUUAUCACCUACAGCAAAACUGGAAGAGCUCAUAUAAAAAAGAUACUUUUUCACAACAAUAUUCCAGGAUUUUUAUCUUCAGUUAUUGCAGAAAUUAUAAGACCUUUUGGAGUAGAGAGAACACAGGAGAGUUCUUGUUUACGUAGUUCCCUUAGGAUCAAUCCAACUGAUGGUUUAUACUAUCUGCUUACUCUUAAAUCAUACGAUCCCAGUGUCAUUUCCAUGUUUGAAAAAGACGAUGCAGAGAAGACCGUGGUGAUCAUUGGUUACAGCAGCUUCCUAAUCACAAAAAUUAUAAAUGAUACUAAUGCCUUAGCUCUGCCUACUAUGCCUUCAAUAGUACCCAAGAACAUGACCUUUCGAAGUAAAUCCUGGUUCCUAUAUGACUUUGGGUUGGCCGUUAAACGCAAAUGGAAUAUAUUUACAAAUCCGUGCAAUUACUGGCUGCAGCCACUUGAUGAUUCGCUAGCUCUUAAUGUCCAGAAAUAUAUUGACUUGGGGGAAUCUCAAACUUUUAAAGUUAAGGUCAUACCUUCUCUAAGAGGUGUUAAACACUUAGAAGCUCCACAGCUGAAAAUAAUUGCCGGAAAUGCACAUUUGUUUCAUAUUCAGACUAAAGGCUCUUAUGAUGACAUUGAUCAUUAUGUGGUGGAAGUGACCCUGACAAGCAGAAGUUUUGAUCUAGGUUUCAUUUCCCUGGCAUUUGUCAUCUGGGACGCCUCGACCAAAUGCUUUGUGACAACCGUCAUCCCAACCUUGAAGAGCAGCUGCAGCUACAUCAAGUCUAUGCACCACAUACCCUACAUACACAUCCCCAAGGAAGACUGGAUUAAGGGCGUUCACGAAGACAGUCAGGGUUUCAAUCUCAUCAAAACUCUGCCGGCAAACUACAGGCCGCCGUCUAACAAGGGAAUCGCUAUUCCACUCACGAACAACUUUUACCAUGCGGAUCCCAGCAAGCCCAUCCCAAGAAAUCUAUUCCCCGAGUCAAGAAAACGGGGUCAAUACAAGCAGUGUGCUGGUGCCUCCAGUCGAGAAGGGUGCUAUUGUACGGAAGAAGAAAAGUAUUCAUAUGCUGUUGCCUUCUCAGACUGCAGAGAAAAGGUUCCUCGGUUUAAGUAUCCCGUCACAAACUAUCCCGUCACUUUGGAAAUUCACAACAAGAAUGGCAAUAUCCCAGUAGCCAGGCCGUACCUGGUGACCGUGUCAGAAGUGAAUCAUAGGGGGAACUGGAAACUAAAAUACAGUAUACCAAAUAAUAUUAAGAGACUGAAAGAAUACACAGAAUUUAUUUUCCAAGUUCCUGUAUAUAACCCUGAAGGCCUCAACUUAAGUAUAGAGGGCUCGGAGCUUUAUCACUUCAGAGUGUCCGUCAUCGAAGGCAUCAGUUUUUGUGAGUUAGUUGAAGAAUUUCAGAUCUACGUGGACGAAGUUCCCUUGCCAUUCCCCGGACAUACUCUGAUUGCCAUGGCUGCUGCCGUCCUCCUUGGGGGCCUGAUCAUUAUAGCAUUCAUGCUGCAGAUGUGCGACAUCCACCCAUGGGACAUGCUCCAGAACUUGAUCCGAAGGCAAGACGUGUACCAUCCCAACUUCCAUGACAAAGAAAUGAAGACCUGA